CCUAAAGACAAUGAAUAUAAUGAUUGAUAAAACAAAAAGAUCAAUAAAAUUGUUGACAUACAAGAUCAGUGACCAAUGUCCAGUUGACAGUUAAAUCCUAAGAUAACUAAAGUUAAUCAGCUAAUCAAUAAAAGCUUAAGAGUUUUUCCUGUGAUGAUCAACCGAUAGUCUUGCUGAUUAUAUUUUUUAUACAAUGUGAAUGUUCAAUGUUCAAUCGGUAAAUAUGAGUAAAGACAGAAAUCAAUCAAUUAGCAAUUUCGAUUGAUUUAGAUUAAGGUUGACUUUGGUUAAUUUGAUUAGAGGAAAAUCUUUGAUCAUCAAAUAUGUUAAUUGUGAUCAAGUUUCUAUUCUCAUCUUUUCUUUUAAUUGUUUUCCUAUCGAUCAAUUUGUCAGUUAAACUAUCCAGUUCAAGUUUAACACAAUUAGUUAAUCAUUCUUCCUUUGUAAGACAAUCAACACCAUUAAUCAAUGGACAAAUUGUCGGUGGUUCAAGAGCAACAAUUAACCAUUUCUCUUAUUUGGUUUCCCUUCAGAAAUCAACACCCAAUGGAUUUAAACAUUAUUGUGCUGGAUCAUUAAUUAGAUCAAAUAUCGUUCUAACUGCGGCUCAUUGUGUUUCCAGAAUCAAAGCAAACAAUUUAAUCUUGGUAACACUUUCAUCUAAAUCAACUAAAUCGUAUCUAUUGAAACACUUUCACCGAGUCUCCAAAAUUGUCAUUCAUUUUAAUUACAAUGAGAAUGGUCAUCAUAAUGAUUUAGCUCUAAUCUUCUUACACAAUCAUCUACCACUGGUCAAACUUGGCCUGACCACAGUUCGACUACCCUAUCAAUCAAUUAAUUAUGUUUAUAUACCAAGUAGAUUGACAGUCAUUGGGUGGGGUGUUAAUUACGGUGCUGGUUAUUUGAGGAAAGCAAAUUUAAAUCGUCAUGAUGAUUAUGAGUGUAAAUUUCACCAUGGAAAUAAGUAUCGUCCAGGAAUGAUCUGUGCCGGUGGUGAUGGAAUCGCUAGUUGUUUCGGGGACUCGGGUGGACCUGCGAUUCUAAGAAAAGGAACCAAAUCAGGUAAGGAUAUUUUAUUUGGAAUCGUUUCUUGGGGAUCGGAAAUUUGUGGUAAUAAACCGACAGUUUUUACCGAUAUUAUUUAUUACCUUCGAUGGAUAAAGUUAAGCAUUGCAAGAGAAAUCAGAUAAUAAUCGAUGAAAUGAAAUCGAACAUUGUAAUUCCAAUUAAUAUAAGAAAUGUUUCGUGGAAAAUUAUCAUAAUGUCCAAAAGUUGUAAUCGAUAAUUCAUCAAGAAAGUUUUCAUAAGUUGAUAGAUAAGUUUUAAUGAUCAAAUAUUCAAGUAAAUGUACAAAAUAAUCAAUAAGAAAAGCAAUCAAUUGCAAUGAAUUUAUGGAUUAAAAAAUUAUAUACUUCUACAAAUGAAAUUUAUUAAUAGUAAAUUGGAGAUGAAAUUGAUUAGAUGAAUGAAACUUUCUUUUUUAAAGAGAUUCGACACAAUCUCUGAAUCGCCGAUAGGCACAACAACCGCCAUGAAUACGUUAUCCAUAUUCAGUGGUGGUACUCAUUGGGUUAGCUAAUUAUCCCUCUUUUUGUUAUAAGUGUUAAAAACUAUUGUAAACGAGUAAAUUACUACUAUUAAGAAAUUGAUAAAACUGAUUUAUAAUCAAUCACAACUUUCAAUGAUCUUCGACAAAAUCGUUUAUCUCAGGUUUCAAUUCAACAUCAGGUACAAAGGAUCUUUUCGGUGGCGACUUUGCCAACCAUUUCAUGUUCUGGUAAUUUUACAACUUCAAUCAGCUCUGAUUCAAGUUGAA